AUGUUUGGAUUAUUACUAGCUAUUCGCGUUACUACUCAAAAUUCAUCGGAAAACCUUCCUAAUCUUGUUGGAUCUGAACUUGAAAACUUCGUUAAAGCUCCAGGAAAAUCAGUCGUAUUUUUCGGAAUUGAUUAUCCACAGAAUAUUGAAUAUGCUAACUAUGGUAUAUUUAAGAAUAAGGAUUCUAUAAGAUUCUGCACAGCACCAGCAAACGAAAGCGAAAAAUUCAAUGUUAAAACUAAAUCAGUCAUUGCAUUCGAGAAUGGAGAGAUUAUUAAUUCACCAUUCAAGGCAGAAACAUCAGGAUUGUUCCUUCGCUGGCUCAAUUUCAUUAAGAAUUCUCAGAAUUACCAAGUUAAAACUUCCGGAGAAUUAAAAGGAUUAUUUAACAUGGAGAUAAAUACUAUCUUCGGAGUUGGCAUCCAGACAAUUCCUAAGGAGUAUGCUACACAAUCAGUCUUUCUUGUCAGUCCUUCCUUGUUUAAAGAAAUCGGACUCCCAGAUGUUGAAUCAGGUCUUUACCUCUACAGAUCCUGCGAUAGACAGUUACUCCAAAUCAAAUCUUCCGUUGAAGAAAUCAGCAAAUGCGAUGUAGAUUCCUAUAAUCAAUCAUUAAUCAAGACAAAGCCAUUCGUUGCUACAUAUAUCGUUGAUGUCAAUGAUACAGAAUCAGCAGAAAAGAUGUAUUCGAAGCUUGGCUACUUGAAGUCAAAAUUUGGUGAAAAAUUAUUUGCUUUAGCCCUUCCACGCGAAUACAUUGCGCCAACAUUACGUCAACUUAAACUCGAGUCCGUCUUACAGCCAUUCUUCUUAAUUAAAAACACUACAAGCCGUACAGAAAGAUAUUUCCAGACUUUGGAAGAUGGAGACAUCUUUGAUAUCAAAUAUAUUGAAAACUAUGUUGCUAAAGUUCUCAAUGGCGAACUCGAACCAACUCCUCUUUCAAAGGCUGAAUCACAAUUGAAUAAUUACGGUCCUCUCAAGGAAGUAACAAGGAAAUCCUUCAAGAACCUUGUCCUCGACUCAAAGAACAACACAUUGGUCGCAGUUACAGCUCCUUGGUGCGGACAUUGCAAACGCCUGAAACCAGUGCUCAACGCAACAGCUCACGUACUCCAUGGAACUCCAAACAUGUUGUACGUAUACGAUGAUGACGCAAACGAUAAGCCAUCAGAGUUUCCAGAAAUUGAUGGAUACCCAACUUUACUUUUAUGGAAUGGAACAAGCCCAAAACCAAUGCAGUUUGAGGGAUCAAGGAAUAUGAAGACAAUCAUCGAGUUCCUUCAUAACAAUACAGUAAUUCCAUUCGAUAUCCCGGAAUAUAACGAAACAGAGAUCCUUGGUCUUUACAAAUAA